AUGGAGCUCAAACCACUCGCCGCUCUGUGCGUCCUGCUCGCCUUCGUCGUCGUGGCUUCUGCCACGAAGGUGGAGCUCGAGACGACGGAGGCCCAGUCCUCCUACAUCGUGCACGUCGCGCCGGCGCACGCUCCACGGUUGCCGCGGCGUGGCCUGCUGACCACCGUGGCGUACAGCUCAUUCUUGCGCGAACAUGUCCCCGUCGAGAUGUGCAACCCGGCGCCGAGGGUGCUCUACUCCUACUCCCACGCCGCCACGGGCUUCGCGGCGCGCCUCACCGAGCGCCAGGCCGCGCGCCUCGCGUGCUCGCGCUCGGUGCUCGCCGUCGUGCCCGACAAGCGGCAGGAGCUGCACACCACGCUCACACCGUCCUUCCUCCGCCUCUCAGCGACGUCCGGCUUGCUCCCGGAGUCCAACGGAGCCGCGGACGUCGUCAUCGGCGUCAUCGACACCGGCGUGUACCCCGAGGGCCGACCCUCCUUCGCUGCCUACCCGUCGCUGUCGCCGCCGCCCAGCAAGUUCCGUGGCGGCUGCGUCACUGUCCCCUCGUUCAACGGCUCCGCGCUCUGCAACAAUAAGCUCGUCGGCGCCAAAUUCUUCCAUAAGGGCGACGAGGCUGCACGUGGCCGUUCCGUCAGUGCGACCGAGGAGGAGCCCGAGUCGCCGCUCGACAUUAACGGCCAUGGCACCCACACCUCCUCCACUGCCGCCGGCUCGGCAGUCCCCAACGCCGCCUUUUACGACUACGCCAGAGGGAAAGCCGUCGGUAUGGCCCCCGGCGCGCGCAUCGCCGUCUAUAAAGUGUGCUGGAGAGAUGGGUGCGCCGACUCCGACAUCCUAGCCGCGUUUGAUGAGGCCAUUGCGGACGGUGUCGACAUCAUUUCCCUCUCGCUCGGCGCCGCCGACCAGGCACCCGAAUUUUACGAUGACGCCAGCGCCGUAGGCGCGUUCCGUGCCGUCACCAGGGGCAUCUUGGUCUCUGCCUCCGCCGGGAACGCUGGCCCUGGAGAGUCCACCGCCAGCAAUGUGGCGCCGUGGUUCUUGACGGUUGGCGCGUCCACCAUCAACCGCCAGUUCCCGGCGGACGUCGUUCUUGGCAGCAACGAGACCUUCACGGGCACCUCGCUCUACGCCGGCGAGCCUCUCGGCGCCAACAAGGUACCACUGGUCUACGGAGGGGAUGUGGGAUCCAAUACAUGCGAAGAGGGGAAGCUCAACGCCAGCAUAGUUGCCGGGAAGAUCGUUUUGUGCGAUCCCGGCGUGAAUGCCCGGGUGGAGAAAGGGCUGGCGGUCAAGGUCGCCGGUGGCGUCGGGGCAAUCCUCGCGAGCACCGAAGCAUACGGCGAGCAGGCUCUCAGCAGCCCCCACAUCCACCCCACCACGGCCGUCGCAUUUUCCUACGCCGAGAAGAUCAAGAAGUACAUAAGCUCGCAGGCGUCCCCUACCGCGACGAUCGUGUUCCAUGGCACCGUCAUCGGCUCAACGCCACCUUCUCCUCAAAUGGCAUCCUUUUCGAGCCGCGGACCAAAUUUCCGCGCACCGGAGAUCCUCAAGCCUGACGUGACCGCGCCGGGCGUGGACAUCCUCGCCGCUUGGACCGGCGCGAACUCGCCCACCGAGCUCGACGUCGACACGAGGCGAGUCCAGUACAACAUCAUAUCGGGCACCUCCAUGUCGUGCCCGCACGUGAGCGGCAUCGCCGCGCUGCUACGGCAAGCGAGGCCGGAGUGGAGCCCCGCGGCCGUGAAGUCUGCCCUAAUGACCACCGCGUACAAUGUGGACAACGCCGGCGGCAUCAUCGGUGACAUGUCCACCGGCAACGCGUCCACGCCGUUCGCGCGCGGUGCCGGCCAUGUUGACCCCAACCGUGCCGUCGAUCCCGGACUGGUGUACGACGCCGGAACAGAAGAUUACGUCACUUUUCUCUGCGCCCUCGGCUACACCGCCGAGCAAGUCGCCGUGUUCGAUCCGGCGGCCAACUGCUCGACGCGGCUGGGCUCCUCCGUGGGGAACCACAACUACCCGGCCUUCUCGGUGGUGUUCACCUCCAACAAAUCGUCGGUCGUCACGCAGCGCCGCGUGGUGCUCAACGUCGGCACCAAUGUCAGCGCCAUGUACAGGGCCAAGGUGACCAGCCCCGCCGGCGUGCGCGUCACGGUGAGCCCGGAGCAGCUGCAGUUUAGAGCGGCACAGAAGACGCAGGAGUACAGGGUCACCUUCACGCAGGGACCUGGGAGCGUCGCCGGGAAGUACACGUUCGGGUCGAUCGUGUGGAGCGACGGCGAGAAGCAUACUGUGACGAGCCCCGUCACCGUUACCUGGCCGGUGAGCCAAGUUGCGGAGAUGUGAUCGGCUUUUAGGUGCUUCGUUUAUGCGAAUGUUAAUCACUGCAGUGUAUAGAUACAUCUGUACCGAUAAAGUUUGAGUAACUUGUUUUCGAAUAAAGGCUAUAUAUAGUUGAUCCUUGACUUUCUUUUUUCCUCUAAAA